AUGGCCGCAACCUCUACCUCCGGCGCUGUUGACCAGCUCACCGAGAACAUGAACAACACCUCGAUCAACAGCAGCGGCGAUAAGGCUGCUCCUGCCAUCGACACCAGCGUCUCUGCCACUGACGAUGCGUCCGCUCCUACCCCCGGCUCGGCUGCUCCCCACCCCCAGAACUCGGCCUCUCUGUACGUUGGCGAGCUCGACCCCUCCGUCACCGAGGCCAUGCUGUUCGAGCUCUUCUCCCAGAUUGGCGCUGUUGCCUCGAUCCGUGUGUGCCGCGAUGCUGUCACCCGUCGCUCUCUCGGCUACGCCUACGUCAACUACAACUCGACCCCCGACGGCGAGAAGGCUCUCGAGGAGCUCAACUACACUCUGAUCAAGGGACGCCCCUGCCGCAUCAUGUGGUCUCAGCGUGACCCCGCCCUGCGCAAGACAGGCCAGGGCAACGUCUUCAUCAAGAACCUCGAUGUCGCUAUUGACAACAAGGCUCUGCACGACACGUUCGCCGCCUUUGGCAACAUCCUGAGCUGCAAGGUUGCCCAGGACGAGCACGGCAACUCCAAGGGCUACGGUUUCGUUCACUACGAGACCGACGAGGCCGCUCAGCAGGCUAUCAAGCACGUUAACGGCAUGCUGCUCAACGAGAAGAAGGUCUUCGUCGGCCCUCACAUUCCCAAGAAGGACCGCCAGUCCAAGUUCGAGGAGAUGAAGGCCAACUUCACCAACAUCUAUGUCAAGAACAUCAACACUGAGGCUACUGAUGACCAGUUCCGUGAGCUGUUCGAGAAGUACGGCGACGUCACCUCGUCGUCCCUGGCUCGCGACCCAGAGGGCAAGAGCCGUGGCUUUGGUUUCGUUAACUUCACCACCCACGAGGCUGCCAACAAGGCCGUCGAUGAGCUCAAUGGCAAGGAUUUCCUGGGCCAAGACCUCUACGUUGGCCGCGCUCAGAAGAAGCACGAGCGCGAGGAGGAGCUUCGCAAGUCGUACGAGGCUGCUCGCCUUGAGAAGGCUAGUAAGUACCAGGGCGUCAACCUUUACAUCAAGAACCUCGACGAUGAUGUCGACGACGACAAGCUGCGCUCCAUGUUCUCCGAAUUCGGCCCGAUCACCUCCGCCAAGGUGAUGAGGGAGACUUUCGCUGAAGGCGAGGGUCCCGAGGACGAGAACAAGGACAAGGAGGACCAGGACGACGAGAAGAAGGAGGAAGAGGAGAAGGAAGAGGAGAAGAAGGACACUGAAGAGACUGACGACAGUGCCAAGGAGGACAAGAAGGCUGAGAAGAAGGGCGACAAGAAGCUCGGUAAGAGCAAGGGCUUCGGCUUCGUUUGCUUCAGCAACCCCGACGACGCCACGAAGGCUGUGGCCGAGAUGAACCAGCGCAUGUUCAACGGCAAGCCUCUGUACGUCGCUUUGGCGCAGCGCAAGGAUGUCCGCAAGAACCAGCUUGAGGCUAGUAUCCAGGCUCGCAACCAGCUCCGCAUGCAACACGCUGCUGCCGCCGCCGGCAUGCCCAACCAGUACAUGCAGCCCCCUGUCUUCUACGCUCCUGGCCAGCAGCCCGGUUUCAUGCCUCAGCAGGGUGGCCGUGGCAUGCCAUUCCCCCAGCCAGGCAUGAUGCCCCAGCAGGGUGGUCGCCCAGGACAGUUCCCUGGCUACCCUCAGGGUGGUCGCGGCGGCGUUCCUCAGCAGAUGCCCCCUAACAUGUACCCCAUGCCUGGCCAGUUCCCUCCUCAGUACGGACAGCCCGGCACUCCUCAGUUCAUGGCCGCCAUGCAGGCUCAACAGGCCGCCAUGGCCGGUGGCCGCGGUGGACCCCAGGGUGGCCGUGGUGGCAUGCCUGGUGGUCCUCCUGGCGCAGGUGGUAUGGGUGGUCCCGGCAUGUCUGGCUUCCCUCCCAACAACCGCCAGCAGGGCGGUGCUGGCCGUGGUGCUAACGCCAACGCCGGCCGCAACGGAAACUUCCCCAACCAGGCUGGUCAGCAGGCCGCUGGCCGUGGCUCGGACAUGAGCCCUACUGCUGCUCUGCAGGCCCAGCUUGCUGCCGCCCAGCCCGCCCAGCAGAAGCAAAUCCUCGGUGAGAUGCUGUUCCCCAAGAUCUCGGCCAUCAACGCCGAGCUUGCUGGCAAGAUCACGGGCAUGCUUCUCGAGAUGGACAACAACGAGCUGAUCAACCUUGCUGAGGACGAGGCUGCCCUCAAGGCCAAGGUCGACGAGGCUCUGGCUGUGUACGAUGAGUACAUCAAGUCGCAGAGCACUGAUGAGCCCAAGAAGGAGGAGGAGACCAAGGCUUAA